AUGAUCUCGAAGAAGCAACCAAAGAUCCACCCAAGAAGUUCCGUAACCACUCGAGGUGCCAAACGAAAGAGCGUGGCCGAUGCUGUGUUUCUCACGACCGAACUGCUGGAGAACGUCCUUCGAUUUCUGCCGAUGAAAGACCUUCUGAUCUCGCAACGAGUGGCGCGCAAGUGGCGCGCGGUCAUCAGCGAGAGCAAAGAGCUACAGCAGGCUCUUUUCAUGAUACCGCGGGAGGCAGACACCGGCUGGGAAGUCAUUAUGGAGGCCGACAACGAAGAAGAUGAGGAGGGAGGGAGCGCAAUUUCGGCCAUCAAUUCCGUGAAACUGAGCCAAGUGGACACCGAAGUUGAGAAUAAGUCCUAUGUGAAGCAUGGCGAGCUGAAUCCGAUGUUCUUCGAGCAGGAUUCGGAGCUUCGAGACAUUUGGCAGAUAUUUGAGGAAGGAUGCACCAUAUUCGGCCUGAAGAAAGAGUAUCAUCGUCCCCGUGCUCAGAGGACCUGGAUGAAACGACCGGAAGCCUCAUGGCGCAAGAUGCUGAUCCUUCAACCACCCACUCGGGAGUUCUGGUACCACUUCGCAUGCAAAAAGCUCAGCAGUCCACUGAGAUGCGGCGACGAGAUCUGGGACAAAGACAUGACCGUAGCUGGCGUCAUGGACAAAAUCGAAGAGAUCGAGCGGCUUGAUGAUGAUGUGUUCUGCUUUGGAAGCCAGUUCAUGUCCAUCCACAAUUCAGAAUUGAUCUGCCCAAUCGAGGGCGACCAAGCUGAGAUCGAUCGGUGGACGCACAGACGGCGGACAAUCGCAUUGUGGAAGGAAGCAAGACUGGGGAGUAUAGCUGGAAGCGAGAUCGAAGAGUACGACGACCUCCUUGAUAGUAGUGAUGAUGAAGAAGAGGAGGACGCCUGA